GUGAUUUGUUUUAUUUUGUCUAUUUAGUGUUUCUUCGGGUUUAAAUGUGUAAUAAUGGUGGUUUUAAUUAACUGUUUAAUAUCUGUGAAAGUGCACAAAUGUGGGAAAAUGAAACAAAGCCGCUGGACGUAACUUCUCGGGAUCCUCCAAAAAGUCCACUGAAAAAAUCUUAGUAAAUGACCACCAUUUACUGAGAUAAUAUUUCAUCCCAUUUCAUUUCAUUUCAUGCCAUGUUUCAUAUUAAUCAACUUUAUUUAAUAAUAUCAGUUUUCACAUUAAAACGUCUUCAUUAAAAUUAAAACAAGACUUGACUUAAGGGUCUUAGUUACCAGGUCAUAAAAUCACUUUAAAAAAAUAUAACAUGCGCCAAAUAGGAGUAAUUUACAUAGUUCUCUAAUUUUUUAUUCAUAAUAAUAAUAUUGCGCCCACCAAGAACGGCGUAAUUUUGAUAGUUUAUUAGAUAUUAACAUAGGAAAUUUUAAACACAAAUAAUGACUGAAGAGAGUGCUAGUAAUAAAGAAACCCGAGAACUUUAUUCUAUGCUUCACCAAGAGUAUACAAUAAUGACAGAAUACCGUAUGUUGCAAACAGAAAAUUUACGUGGAAUCUAUGUUAUACCUUCUUAUGAGAGUUCAUUUCUUUGGUACGGCGUGAUUUUUGUUCGAUCUGGUCUCUACGAAGGAGGUGUAUUUAGAUUUACAAUUACAUUGCCUGAAAAAUUUCCAGACGAUGAAACACCUGUUUUGACUUUUGUGUCAAACUUAUAUCAUCCUGCUAUUGACGCAAGCACUGGCCUUUUAAGUCUGAGAGAAGUGUUUCCAAUGUGGGACAAAAAGCGUGACCAUGUCUGGCAAAUACUCAAAUAUUUACAUAUAAUAUUUGAUAAUUUAAGCAUCAAGGUACCUGCCAAUACUGAAGCAGCAUGUAUGUACAAAACAAAUCGAAAAUUCUUUAUGCAAAAAGUUAGAGAAUGCGUUGUUACUAGCAUAGAUCACAUAUAUGAUGAUCCACCUACAGAAGACAAACAUUAUAUAACUUUUAAACCUUAUGAUCCUGAUAUACAUGAAAAAGCAAAGGACAUAAUGCUUACAGCUUUUAAACCAACUGAAGGAGCCACUCAAGGGAUGUCAUGGGUUCAACAAGGAUGCUACCAACCAUUUUCAAAAGAAGAAACAAUGUCAUAGCCUUUACUGUUUUAUCUAGUACUAUUAAAAAUAGCCAUUACCCCUGUGAUAUUGACAAACAAGAAAAAUUGAAUAAAGAAGUGAAUAAGAACUAUCUAAGUAGUUCGAAGAUAUGGGACAAAUGUGUAUAAGAAAUGAGAUUUCAAAAAGACUGUGUGUAAAUAUAUCGCCUUGUGGUAAGUCUAUGCCAUCUAUAAGCCCCCAUCAUUACUAAACUCCCAAGUGGGUUUUUGGCUUAACAACCUCUAAAAACCCUUUAAACAUUGUAAUAAAUAUAUUAUGGUAACAAUUAUUUACAAUAAGUGAGUAAGUGAUACACUUGAUACUUUAUUUAAGAUUGUUAUCUAGAAUGUUUAGUUUAACAAACAAUACAUAAAUCAAAAACAAAUAAAAACUUAGUUUCCAA